AUGUGCCUGUUAAUAAGAUUAGUAAUUAAAAAGCUUGAUAGGAAUUGGCAAGCAUAGCUCCUCCGCCUCUCCCUCCCCUCCAAGCCGGGCUGGCGUGGAGUCUGAGGCAGGGCUGGCAGAGUACCUGGAGGAGCGAAGGCAGGAAGGCUCCACUGAAACCUCUGCCUGCGAGCAGGCAAUGGAGAAAUCCCGGCCGCUGUGGGACAACCCCCUGCAGUUUGUUUUCGCCUGCAUUUCCUAUGCUGUGGGGCUGGGAAAUGUGUGGAGGUUUCCAUACUUAUGUCAGAUGUACGGAGGAGGUGGCUUUUUGAUCCCGUAUUUUAUCAUGUUGAUCAUCGAGGGGAUGCCGCUACUCUACCUGGAGCUGGCCGUGGGGCAGCGCAUGCGUCAGGGCAGCAUCGGCGCCUGGAAAAUUAUAAGCCCCUACCUCUGUGGCGUCGGUAUGUUCUCAGUUUUCAUCUUUAUUUUUAAGUGCCCUGGGAACACGGCUGUCCUUGCCUUCAUCGCCUGGGGCUCUCCCUGCUACGCUGACAGCAGGUUCUCUCCCCACGUCCCUCCCUCCCAGGACCCGCUGCCGUGGGCCACCUGCCCCCUGAACAGCAACCACACCGGCUACGAGGAGGAGUGCGAGAAGACUUCGUCCACCCAGUACUUCUGGUACCGACAGACCCUGAACAUCUCUCCGUCGCUGGAGGCCAGCGGGAGCGUGCAGUGGGAGCAGGCGCUCUGCCUGACGCUGGCCUGGCUGGUGGUCUACCUCUGCAUCCUCCGCGGCACCGAGUCCACCGGCAAGGUCGUCUAUGUAACAGCGUCUUUGCCGUACUGCGUCCUCAUCGUAUACCUCAUCAGAGGGUUAACGCUCCACGGAGCUGUGAACGGGCUCGUCUACAUGUUCACACCAAAGCUGGAGCAGCUGUCGAACCCCAAGGCGUGGAUCAGCGCCGCCACGCAGAUCUUCUUCUCGCUGGGCCUCGGCUUUGGCAGCCUCAUCGCGUUUGCCAGCUACAACAAGCCCAGCAACAACUGCGAGCGGCACGCCAUCAUCGUCUCGCUGAUCAACAGCACCACGUCCGUCUUUGCCAGCAUUGUGACUUUCUCCAUCUACGGCUUCAAGGCGACAUUUAACUACGAGAGCUGCAUCAACAAGAUGAUCCUGCUGCUGAUGAACACUUUUGACCUGGAGGAAGGCUCUGUAACAGCAGACAACCUCAGCGAGAUGAAGGGUUACCUCAUGGCCACCCACCCCCAGGAAUACGCCCAGUUAUCACCGCAGCUCAGAAACUGCAGCUUGCAAGCAGAACUGGACACGGCCGUCCAGGGCACCGGGCUGGCGUUCAUCGUCUAUUCCGAAGCCAUCAAAAACAUGGAGGUGCCCCAGCUGUUCUUAAAAAGCCCGAAAAGUUUCAGCGUCCCGUGGCCGCCGAGGGUCCCUCUUUGGCCUCAGCUGGAGCAGGGAAUAUCAGACGUGCUGCCGGAAGGGUCUGCCUGCCCUUGGGAAAUCCUGCCCAGCCUGCACAGUGUGGUGUGUUUGAUCAACUGUGUGAUUGGCCUAAUCUUCACCAUGGAGGCUGGAAAUUAUUGGUUUGACAUCUUUAACGACUAUGCAGCCACCCUCUCGCUGCUGCUCAUCGUGCUGGUAGAAGCCAUUGCUGUGUGUUACAUCUACGGCAUCAGAAGAUUCGAGAAAGAUCUUCACACCAUGAUUGGACGCAAGCCAAACUGGUAUUGGAAAAUUAUGUGGGCUUUUGCUAGUCCCUUGCUAAUUAUAAGCCUGUUUAUAUUUUACCUCACUGACUAUAUCCUCACGGGAAAGCUGCAAUACCAAGCAUGGGAUGCCACACAGGGGCAGCUGGUGACCAUGGAUUACCCAGGCUACGCCCUCGCGGUGAUCGGGCUGCUGGUGGUGGCGUCCACCAUGUGCAUCCCCCUGGGGGCACUGCUAACUUUUGUGAGGAAGAGACUGAAGAGGGAAAGCGUUUCAACCACUGCGUGA